GUUAGCAGCUUAGCAUCUCGGCUAGCCCGGAGCCGGACAACCGCCGCGGGGCGACGAGCGCUUCGGCUCGGCCGCUUUUUCCUCGCUGCGUCGCCCACCGCCACGGAGCCUCCCGGUCGCUUUUCAUGCGAGCACUGGAGUUCGCUCGGAUAUUUUGAUGGGAGGCGGCUGGCCGCCGGGUGGACAUUGCGGGCAGCACUUGCGAGCGAAGCGGGGGCGGAGGAGGCUGCGGCUGCGGCUGCCGCGACGGCGACGGCGGCGACGACGACGACGUGUCGGGCCCGCAUGGAGUCCCUGGCCGGCUACGUGCACAAGGCGGCCAGCGAGGGUCGCGUCCUGACGCUGGCCGCGCUGCUGUUCAACCACAGCGAGGCCGAGACGAGAUUCCUGCUGGCCUUCGUCAGUCAGCAGGGGGGCCAGAGGUUCACGCCGCUCAUCAUCGCCGCCCGCAACGGCCACGACAAAGUGGUCCGCCUGCUGCUCGACCACUACCGGGUGGACACGGAGCAGACCGGCACCGCGCGCUUCGACGGCUACGUGAUCGACGGGGCGACGGCGCUUUGGUGCGCGGCGGGUGCCGGCCACUUUGAGGUGGUGCGCCUGCUGGUGGCUCACGGCGGCAACGUCAACCACACCACCCUCACCGGCUCCACGCCGCUGCGGGCGGCCUGCUUCGACGGGCGCCUGGACAUCGUGCGCUUCCUGGUGGAGCGCGGCGCCGACAUCGGCAUCACCAAUAAGUACAACAACACCUGCCUCAUGAUCGCCGCCUACAAGGGCCACGGCGACGUGGUGGGCUUCCUGCUGGAGCGUGGCGCUGACCCCAACGCCAGGGCGCACUGCGGCGCCACCGCCCUGCACUUCGCCGCCGACGCCGGCCACCUGGCCGUCGUGGCGGAGCUGGUGCGACAGCGCGCCGUGCUGGCGGCCAACGGGCACGGCAUGACGCCGCUGAAGGUGGCGGCGGAGAGCUGCAAGGCGGACGUGGUGGAGCUGCUGCUGGCGCACGCCGACUGCGAGCCUGCGCGCCGCGUCGAGUCGCUGGAGCUGCUGGGCGCUUCCUUCGCCAACGACCGCGAGAACUACGACAUCCACAAGACCUACCGCUACCUGCGCGCCGCCAUGGACGAGCGCCGCCGCCACCCCGGUGCCGUGCCGGCCAAAGAGCCGCUGCCACCAGUGGAGGCGUACGGCGGGCGGCGAGAGUGCUGCACGCCGGACGAGCUGGAGGCCAUCCGGUCCGACCGCGACUCGCUACACAUGGAGGGCCUGAUGAUCCGCGAGCGCAUCCUGGGCGCCGACAGCGCCGACGUGUCGCACCCAGUCAUCUACCGCGGCGCCGUCUACGCCGACAACAUGGAGUUCGAGCGCUGCAUCAAGCUGUGGCUGCACGCGCUGCGCUUGCGCCAGCGCGGAAACCGCAACACGCACAAGGACCUGCUGCGCUUCGCGCAAGUCUUCUCGCAGAUGCUGCACCUGAAGGAGCGGCUGCCCGCCCACGCGGUGGAGCAGGUCCUGGGCUGCAGCGCGCUGGAGAUCAGCCGGAGCAUGGCGCGCGCCCAGGCGGCGCCCGAGGGUGAGCUGGCGCAGGCGGCCGACAACUACGAGUCCAACGUCUUCACCUUCCUGUACCUGGCCUGUAUCGCCACCAAGACGGCGUGCGGCGGCGGCCGCGACGACGAGCAGCGCGCCCGCAUCAACAAGCACGUAUACGACGUGGUCCGGCUGGACCCGCGGGCCCGCGACGGCGCCAGCCUGCUGCACCUGGCCAUCAGCUCCAGCACGCCCGUAGACGACUUCCACACCAACGACGUGUGCGGCUUCCCCAACGCGCAGGUGACCAAGCUGCUGCUGGACUGCGGCGCCCGUGUGGACGCGGUGGACCACGAAGGCAACACGCCGCUGCACGUCAUCGUGCAGUACAACCGACCCAUCAGCGACUUUCUGACGCUGCACGCCAUCAUCAUCGGCCUGGUGGAGGCGGGCGCGCACACGGACCGCACCAACAAGCAGAAGAAGACGCCCCUGGACAAGAGCACCACCGGCGUGUCCGAGAUCCUCCUCAAGACGCAGAUGAAGAUGAGCCUCAAGUGCCUGGCGGCGCGCGCCGUGCGACGCCACCGCAUCACCUACCGCAAGCAGAUACCCGCCAGCCUCGAGGAGUUCGUCGAGUUCCACUGACCAAUGGCCACGUCCCUUUUUUAGGACACUUUCAAAUCGCUCCAGAACUCUUAUUUAUUUUUAUUGACAACUCCUUACUACUAGCGCCCGACCAAUUAAUCGUCCGGCCAUUUUAAUCGGCCAAUAUUAAUUAGCCCUUUUCAAACAAAUGAAAAUGUAAAAUGCUGCUUUUUUUUGAAUACACAUUAGCACAUUGCAACAUAAUACGGAGAUAAUGACAUUCAAAAAAACAUUCCCCCUAAAAUCGACCAGAAAAAAGCUGAUUUUUGCCAACAAAAUCCCAAACAACAAAGUAUUGUAAAGCAGUCAAAUGUUCUGCCUGUGAUUCAUAUCUUUUCUUUUUCUUUUUUUGUUGCAAGUGACGCAAAAAGAGCUCAUUUUAUUCAUUAUAUAUUUUCUAAAUUAGUGAGCCGUUUAAUCGGUUAUCGAAAUGUUAUUCUGCCAGAUAUCUGCAUUGGCAUCAGCCUAGAAAAAUACAUAUUGCUCGGGCCCUACUCCUUACUGUAUCACAUGCUAUGCUAGCGUGCUAACGUAUAUGGAUACCGCAAGUACUUCGAAUACAUACUGUACAAUUUCAGUGAACACAAUGAAAGAUAAUUGUUUCUUUCUGACACAUGAUUUGCCGAUGUGCCAAACGGCUGCAGUUUAGUGCCAACUACAGGCAAGGAGGACUUACACGAUGUCAAAUUCUAUAGCCCAGCGGCUGGUAUCUGCAGCCUUCACGAGUACCCGAUACAUUGGAAUAAGGCCGCUAUCGGCGCGAUACGAUACCUGGUAUCGGUACUCGCCCAUCCCUAGUUUUAACAGUCUGAAUUAUUCUAUUGUACAAACUUCCUUUAAGCGGGCGGGUGACCUUUUUUCAAGAAAUACUUGUUGACUUUGUAAUGAAUGUUAGCCAGCAGGCUAACGUAGCAUGUGGCAAACGUUCAGUGACUCCGCACACAAGGACCCGGUCUCAUUAACGCGCAACAGGAAAUGUCUGCCCGAACUUUUAUUUUCUAUUUGGUAUUGACAAGCUGAUUGUGUGACUUUUAAUUGAAUAGAUGAUUUAAAAAAAAAACAAAUGUUCAGCUCCGCUAAACAAAGUGCCUCAAAACUGUUGUUGGUGUUUUGCAUGACGUAAAAUACACGACGAUAGCAGCGACGAUGACGACGACAACAGCAGUGACGAAGACUGCAAGAACGUGAUGACCGUAACGACGACGAUAGUGGAGGUGCAACAAUUAAUUGCUUAUCAUAUUAAUAGACAAAUACAUGGUGAUAAUUGUUUCAAGACCUAUUUUAACUUGAGUGUCCAAAUCCUGGGAAUUUCAGCCUCUCAACAGUAAAUAUUUGUACUUCUGUCGUCCUCCAUGAAAGCAGACCGGUUAUCUUUGUGUGCUUUCAAAAUAAGUCAUUUGCAAUCGUCUGCUUUUACUGAGGAAAGCAAUGAUCAACAUUUUAGCGGAUUUUCUGUAAGAUGCUAUGGAAAUGGAAGGGGUGGAAAUUAAAAAAAAAGUGUCCUCUUAU